AUGGCAGAGUAUGAGUACUUACGUGUGUGGCUACGCUGCUGUACGAUUUUCGGCAUAUAUGUGAGCUCUAGAAGUGAGCACGCGUUGAGAGAGGCCAGCCAAAGGCAGCCAACACAGCGACGUGCGGUUUGGUUAAGCGAACCGUUGAGAAUAACUUUUGUGCUGGAACGCAUGUAUGUGGCGUUGCUCGCCCUAAUCGCUUGCACACUUUACGUACAUGGACUGUAUGCGCGGAAAAUUGAAGAUGGACUUGCACUCACCUGGCUGGUGGCUACAUUGGUGUAUACAACACAGUUACUAACACACCUCGCCAUUUUUAUGGAAGCGCUAUGGAAACGUGUGGAAAAUGAGACAUUUCUGCAAUUGUUGGCGGAAAUCGAAGUGUCGCUACAGUUGCGGCUGAGUUGUGAUACCAGACAGCAUGCGUUGCGGCAGAGUUUGCGACGGUGGUUGCUGGGAUUGGUGACGCUCUCGCUUGUGGGUUUCGUUAUAUUCACCAGCGUCUCGGUUUUGUUGAACGAUAUCGGUUACUUAUGGCAUGCGGCGUUCUCGUUACUCACUUUGCGCAUGCGUAUUUUACAGUUAUUAUUGUACGCAUGUAUACUGCGCCACUACAUGGAAUGCUUAUGCUUCAAAUUACGACAAUUGGUCGCCUACCGUACUGCGCCUGAACGACGCGUGCUGGAUGUGAACUAUGAGAAGCUCGAGUCCUUGACGUUUCUGCUUGCGUUCAAAGAGAACUAUGCGUUGAUCUUUAAAGCUGUGGGUUUGUUUAAUAAUUUUGCAGGUUGGUCGCUUUUUGGCAUCAUCUUUGGUUAUAUGCUCGAUUUCACUUGUCAUGUGUACUGGUCUCUGCUGGGCUUGGAUGGUUAUGGCUCACGUUAUACCUUUGUCGUCGGUCUGCCGGCGGUGUUGCCCUUCAGCGUGAUCGUUUGGCAGCUUUGUUUUGUAUGUGAUCAGUGUAAAGAAUUGGGUGACAACAUUUCGCAUUUGGUUAGCAGACUUGUUACGGUAACUUCGAAGCCUGCAUUGAAGAGAUAUUGCGCAGUGGUACAUCAGUUUUCGACACAGUUACAGCUACAACGCAUUGAAAUUACAGCUCAGCACGUUUUCGUUUUGGAUCUACGUCUGAUUAUGUCGAUCUGCACGGCGAUAGCUACGAACCUUGUUAUACUUAUACAAUUUUUCAAAACUGAACACGCCUACGAUUGA